AUGGCCCGCCAAGAUCUUAUUGUUGUUGCACUUGUUUUCAUAGCCGUGGUUGGGGCAUUUGCCACUAAUAAAUCACCUUCACCAACCCCUUCCAAGGCUUCUUCCCCUGCAAAGUCGCCAUCUUCUUCUUUUUCGGCUUCCUCUACCAAGUCCUAUUCUGCCAAGUCACUGACACCAUCCUCGAACAGGCCUUCUUCAUCACCAUCGAAGUUCAAUGGAAGAGCACCCAAAUCAUCUCCUGUUGGUGCCCCAAAGAGUUUUUCGAGCUCUUCCUCUCCUAGCCAUAGUAAAAGUGACAGCCCCGAGACCAAAGAAGGAUCCUCUUUUGACGCCAAGUCACUUGAGGACGUCUCAUCCCCUCCUUCACCAAAUGUCACUGACAAAGUUUUGUCUCUUCUUCAUGCCCUAAAAAGCAAGGGUGAUGCAGUUGAUAGUGAAAGCCCGAAUUCCAAUAAUGACAGUCCUGCACCAGCACCAUUUUAUUCUGAUGCAGCUAAAGCCAUCAUUGGCAUCACUAAUAUUGUAGUUUUUACCGGAUUCUUACUCUUCUAA